GCUCCUAUUUCUCAACCUGGAGACUGCGCAGAAAGCUGUCGGGGAAAAGUGCAUGUGCAAGCAGAACUGGGAAAGUUCAUAGAGUCGAGGUGCAGGAUGUCCCGUUAAAGAGAAAAAAAAGUCCUGCAGAGCAGCAGAGGCAACACGAGCUGACGGGCUGAAAAGACUGCAAGCCAGAGCGAGCGACAUUUAGCACGGCUAGCACAUAGUAAAAGAGGGCAAAAUGGGCUUUCCGACGAUAUUUAGCUGUCGUCGGAUUGUUCUUAAAGUGUUUUUGGUGCAGUACUUCGCCUUUCAAGCAACAUAUGCUGCCCCCUCGCCUAUUAUCAGGUUUCCUGGAGACGAUACUACCCCCAGAACAGACAAAGAAGUUGCUCUGCACUAUCUGAAUAAGUUUUAUGGAUGCCCACAAGACAGAUGUAACCUCAUGGUGCUCAAGGACACUCUGAAGAAAAUGCAAAAGUUCUUCUCUCUGCAAGAAACUGGAGAGAUUGAUGCCAAAACUGUGGAAAUCAUGAAAAAGCCCCGCUGUGGCGUUCCAGAUGUGGCCAAUUACAACUUCUUCCACAGGAAACCCAUGUGGCAGAAGAAGGACAUCACUUACAGAAUCCUCGGAUACAGUCCAGAUCUGGAUGAGGAAGUCAUAAAUGAUGCUUUCUUCAGAGCCUUCAAAGUAUGGAGUGAUUUCACUCCACUCACGUUCACCCGCCUCAUGGACGGAGAGGCUGACAUCAUGAUUAAUUUUGGACGCAAUGAGCACGGAGAUGGUUACCCUUUUGACGGCAAAGAUGGCCUCUUGGCUCAUGCUUUUGCUCCUGGGCCAGGAAUUGGAGGAGACUCCCAUUUUGAUGAUGAUGAGCAAUGGACACUGGGCGAGGGCCAAGUGGUGAAGGCGAAGUUUGGCAAUGCUGACGGCGAAUUCUGUAAAUUCCCCUUCCUGUUCAUGGGCACCGAGUACAACAGCUGUACGUCUCAGGGCCGUGACGAUGGCUUCCUGUGGUGCUCAACCACUUACAACUUUGAUGAAGAUGGGAAAUAUGGCUUCUGUCCACAUGAAUUAUUAUUUACCCUGGGUGGCAAUGGAGAGGGCGCUCCAUGUAAAUUCCCCUUCACCUUCCAGGGAGAGAAGUAUGACGGAUGCACCACUUCAGGCAGGGAUGAUGGUUACCGCUGGUGUGCCACCACUGAUAACUAUGAUGUUGACAAAUCCUUCGGGUUCUGCCCUGAAACUGCCAUGUCAACGGUGGGAGGAAAUGCGGAAGGAAGCCCCUGUGCCUUCCCCUUCACCUUCCUGGGAAACACUUAUGACUCUUGCACCUCAUCUGGACGCAGCGAUGGCAAGAUGUGGUGCGCUACCACCAAGAGCUAUGACGAUGACCGCAAAUGGGGCUUCUGUCCUGACCAAGGCUACAGUUUGUUCCUGGUGGCAGCCCACGAGUUUGGUCAUGCCCUUGGUUUGGAGCACUCUCAGGACCCUGGAGCAUUGAUGGCCCCCAUUUACACGUUCACUAAAGACUUCAGACUUUCCCAGGAUGACAUCAAAGGCAUCCAGGAGCUCUACGGUGUCCCGACAGACAAGCCUUUGCCUCCAACCCAAGGUCCAGUCACUCCAAUGGACAUCUGUAACGAGCCAGUUGUCUUUGACGCUGUGGCACAGAUAAGGGGAGAGACCUUCUUCUUUAAGGACAGGUUCCUGUUCAGGUCAGUCAACUUUAGAAGCAAGCCCAAUGGCCCCAUGCUGGUGGCCACCUACUGGCCAGACCUGCCUGCCAAGAUAGAUGCUGCCUAUGAAAACCCAGUGGAGGAAAAAACUGUGUUCUUCUCAGGCAAUGAGAUGUGGGUCUACAAAGCAGAUGAGUUGGAGAGAGGCUUUCCCAAGAGUAUCUCCAGCCUCGGCCUCCCUACAGACCUGGAGCAAAUCGACGCUGCCUUCAGCUUCAGGAAGAACCGGAAGACUUACUUGUUUUCUGGGGACACAUUUUGGAGAUACGAUGAAGAUAUGAAGAGAAUGGACCCUGGCUUCCCCAAACUUAUUGGUGAUUCGUGGAACGGCAUCCCGGAUGGCAUUGACUCUGCCUUUAGUCUGAACGGCAUUGAUUAUAGCUACUUCUUCAAAGGUAACCACUAUUUCAAACUGGAAGACAGCAGCUUGAAGAUUGUCAAGUUGGGUGAAAUCACAAAGGACUGGCUCGGCUGCUGAACACGUCAGAAAUGUCUCGCAACUGGCUAAUUCUUGUGUUGACAUCUGGCCUCAUGAGGACAUUGCCCUAGUAUCACACAUUACUUGCGGUCGCCGCCGUGCACACUGUUGUAAGUUUUUAUCCUGGCAACUCUGCACGUUUCUGUGGGAGACAUGUCACUUCCAGCCUGAAUAACCAGACUCCAGCUUUGUAGAAAGGCACCCCGGGACCUUAUACACCGGCUGAACAUAGGCAACUGGAUAUUUGCUAUAUUUCUGUGUGAUAUUGACAUUUCAUUUGUUAUGCUGAUGCAGAUUUAUUACAAUAUGUACCCCCUGUUUUAUUGUUUUAUAGUUUUUUUUUAGUUUGUUUUUAUAAAAAUUCAGACAUCAGGUAUGUCCACACUGCAUUGAACGCAGUGCUAUACUGUGCUGUGAGAUAUUGCCGUUAAUGCAAAUUUAAUUCUGAAAGACUGUUUCAGACCAUAUGCGGAAUUCAUGUUGGCUUAGAAUUACUUCUAUGUCCAGUGUAGUAAGUACAGUUUUCUAAAUGUAUCACUUUUGUUUAAUUUUCUCAUGGUUGUGCACUACAUUUGGAAAAAUGAAUUUGCACAAUGUGUGACCGACAAUGGUGCUUUAGAGAUGGCUUUUUGCAUAUAGUCCUAUAUAUAUAUAAAUAUAUACAUUUUAUAUUCAUAUCCUCUGGAUGUCAGAAAGUAGUAUUUGCAGGCAUACAUUAUUCUUCAUUAUUAGCACUUUGUAUAGGACUAUACUUGGGAAAUGCUUCGUAUGGAGAGCAAAUUAUUUUCAUGGCAACUGCAUGUUGCAUUUCCCUUCACUAAAGGUACAGGAAGAUUAAAGGCACAGGUUGCCUCCAGACAUUGGUUUUGUUGCACGAUGGAAUCAUGACAAGAGUACCGCAGUAGUAUUGUUUAAUAAUCUUUUUUAUAGUCUCUUUUCUCUCUUGGGUUUUAACAAUACAGUAAUUGUGAUUUGUGUUGUUUUUAAUGCUUGUGCACUUUGUUACUGUCAUCAAUAAAGAUGGUCAAUAUA